UUUUUUUUGGUUCAUUUGGGCGCUCCUAAUUCUGCUUUCGCCGGCAUACAAAAUAAUCCAAAAAAACUACUCUCUCUCUCUCUCUCUGAUUUUCAAAAUCAAAGAAUUAUUGCUGUUGAUAUAUUAUCAGCUAGGUUUAAGUUAUAGUUUUUAAAAAGAGAGACAAAAAUGUCCGAGGAUGAGAAGUUAUUGAAAGAGGCGAAGAAACUACCAUGGGAAGAUCGAUUAUUACAUAAAAAUUGGAAAGUUAGAAAUGAUGGAAAUCUCGACCUUGCUGCUUUAUGUGAUUCCAUUACCGAUCCUAAAGAUCCUCGUCUUAGAGAUUUCGGUCCAUUGUUUAGAAAGACGGUUGCAGAUUCAAAUGCUCCUGUUCAAGAGAAAGCUUUAGAUGCCCUAAUCGCGUAUUUAAAAGCUGCCGACGCCGAUGUUGGGAGGUAUGCAAAAGAAGUGUGUGAUGCAAUUGUGGCAAAGUGCCUCACUGGUCGUCCUAAAACAGUGGAGAAGUCACAAGCAGUGUUUCUUCUUUGGGUGGAGUUGGAGGCCACUGACGUAUUCCUGGAUUCGAUGGAGAAAGCAAUUAAGGCUAAAGUUGCUAAAGCAGUUGUUCCAGCUAUUGAUGUCAUGUUUCAAGCUUUAAGCGACUUUGGGUCUAAAGUUGUCCCUCCUAAAAGAAUUUUGAAGAUGUUACCUGAACUUUUUGACCACCAAGAUCAGAAUGUCCGCGCGUCUUCUAAAGGACUGACACUUGAGCUGUGUCGUUGGAUUGGAAAAGAUCCAGUGAAGUCAAUUUUGUUUGAAAAAAUGCGCGACACCAUGAAAAAAGAACUGGAGGCGGAGCUUGUCAAUGUUACAUCGGGAGCUAGGCCGACUAGAAAGAUAAGAUCUGAGCAAGACAAGGAGCCAGAACCAGAAGCAGUGUCUGAAGUUGUUGGCACCGGACCUUCUGAAGAAUCGGCUGCUGAUGUUCCCCAAGAAAUAGAUGAGUAUGAACUUGUUGAUCCUGUUGAUAUUCUUACUCCAUUAGAGAAGUCCGGGUUCUGGGAUGGAGUGAAAGCUACCAAGUGGUCAGAAAGGAAGGAGGCUGUGGCAGAGCUAACUAAGCUUGCUUCAACAAAAAGAAUUGCUCCUGGUGAUUUUAGUGAAGUUUGCCGUACCCUCAAGAAGCUUAUUACCGAUGUAAAUAUUGCUGUAGCAGUUGAAGCUAUCCAAGCUAUUGGAAACCUUGCAAGCGGACUACGAAAUCAUUUUUCUGGAAGCUCACGUUUCAUUUUGCCAGUUUUGCUUGAAAAACUUAAAGAAAAGAAACCAACUGUAACAGAAGCUCUCAGUCAGACCCUCCAAGCUAUGCACAAAGCUGGGUGCUUUACUCUUCCAGAUGUUGUUGAAGAUGUUAAGACAGCUGUAAAAAACAAAGUUCCUCUUGUUCGUUCCUUAACUUUGAAUUGGGUCACAUUUUGUACUGAAACAAGCAACAAGGCUGUGGUUCUGAAAUUGCACAAGGAUUACGUUCCCAUCUGUAUGGAGUGUCUGAAUGACGGAACCCCAGAUGUUAGAGAUGCAUCUUUUUCCGUGUUGGCAGCAAUUGCUAAGUCUGUUGGAAUGAGACCUUUAGAAAGAUCAUUGGAAAAACUUGACGAGGUUAGGAAAAAGAAGCUUACCGAAAUGAUUGCGGGUUCAGAAGGUGGCCUUGUUCCUGCUACAGCCUCAGCUCCAGCAUCAGGAUCAGGUGGGGGCAUCUCAUCUUCAGAGACUGCAGUUGUUCGAAAAUCAGCUGCAAGCAUGCUGAGUGGGAAGAAACCGGUCGUUCAAGCUGCUGCGGUUGCUAAGAAGAGUGGUUCAACGAAGCCGGGAGCCAGCAAGAGUGGAAGUGGACAGGCGAAACCCUCUGCAGUAGUUGAACAUGAAGAUGUUGAGCCUGCAGAUAUGAGUCUAGAUGAAAUUGAGAGCAGAUUAGGUUCCCUGUUGCAAGCAGAUACGAUUUCUCAAUUAAAGAGUAGUGUAUGGAAGGAACGGCUGGAAGCAAUUGUUGCUCUGAAAGAGCAAGUAGAAGGUCUUCAAGAACUUGACAAGUCAGCUGAGAUUUUGAUUCGUCUGCUGUGUAAUAUUCCUGGGUGGAAUGAGAAAAAUGUUCAGGUUCAGCAACAGGUUAUUGAAGUCAUUACGCAUAUAGCUGCCACAGUAUCAAAAUUCCCAAAAAAAUGUGUUGUGCUUUGCAUUCUUGGUAUAAGUGAGCGUGUAGCAGAUAUUAAGACCCGAGUCCAUGCAAUGAAGUGUCUUACUACUUUCUCAGAGGCAGUUGGUCCUGGAUUUGUUUUUGAGAGACUGUAUAAAAUAAUGAAAGACCACAAGAACCCUAAGGUUCUCAGUGAAGGAAUUGCAUGGAUGGUAUCUGCAGUCGAAGACUUUGGUGUUUUGCAUUUAAAGUUAAAGGACUUGAUUGAUUUCUGUAAAGACACUGGACUGCAGUCAAGUACGGCUGCCACAAGAAAUUCAACUAUUAAGCUGAUUGGUUCAUUACAUAAAUUUGUUGGCCCAGAUAUCAAAGGGUUUAUGACUGAUGUGAAGCCCGCACUUCUUAGCACACUCGAGGCAGAGUAUGAAAAGAAUCCAUUCGAGGGUGCUGCGGCUGCUCCUAAAAAAGCAGUGAAGGCAGUAGACUUGGCGUCAUCUGCAUCUACUGGUGGUUUAGAUGGUCUACCUCGUGAGGAUAUUAGCGCAAAAAUAACUCCUACUCUAAUAAAGAACAUGGGCAGCUCUGACUGGAAGGUCCGUUUGGAAUCGAUUGAAGCAGUCAAUAAGAUUUUGGAAGAAGCCAAUAAGCGCAUACAACCUACUGGAACUGCAGAGUUAUUUGCUGCUCUUAGAGGCCGGCUAAAUGACAGUAACAAAAACUUAGUGAUGACAACCUUGUCAACUGUUGGAGGGGUUGCAUCUGCAAUGGGCCUGGCAGUUGAAAAGGCUAGCAAGGGUAUUUUAUCAGAUGUUCUGAAAUGCAUUGGUGACAAUAAAAAACACAUGAGGGAAUGCACUGUGAAUGCCUUAGAUGCCUGGUUUGCAGCUGUCCAACUUGAUAAGAUGGUCCCAUACAUUGUUGGAGCUUUUGCUGAACCAAAGAUAGGCGCGGAAGGCAAAAAAGAUCUUUUUGAUUGGUUAUCAAAGCAUCUUUCUGGAAUGAACGAAUCAUCUGAUGCUGUGCAACUAUUGAAACCAGCUGCAAUUGCUCUGACGGAUAAAUCAUCAGAAGUUCGGAAAGCUGCAGAAGCAUGUAUUGUUGAAGUUGUCAGAGUUUCUGGACAAGAAGUAGUGACCAAGACAUUGAGAGAUAUACGUGGACCUGCUGUAGCUCUGAUUCUUGAACGACUCAACCCAUCUGCAGCAUUCCAAGAAACAUUUGAACCUGCAAAAGGAACUUCAACUGGUGGUGCAUCAAAAAAUAGUUCAAAGAUUGGAAAAUCUGCCUCGAAUGCUCCAGGAGAUCGUGGGAAGCAUGCGAGCAAAGGCAGUUCUUUGAGAGCUGUUCCUGUUAAGGGUUCCAGGCCUGAAUCCGUUGCUUCUGCUCACGAUCUUGCCUUACAGUCUCAGGCUUUGUUCAAUAUCAAAGACUCAAACAAGGAAGAGAGGGAGAGAAUGGUUGUACGCAGAUUUAAAUUUGAGGAACUUCGAUUGGAGCAAAUUCAAGAUCUCGAGAACGAUUUCAUGAAAUACUUCAGGGAAGACCUUCACAGACGACUUCUGAGCACAGACUUCAAAAAACAAGUUGAUGGGCUUGAAUUGUUACACAAGACUCUUCCAUCCAGUGCCAAGGAUAUGGUCGAACUUCUUGAUAUACUUUUGAAAUGGUUUGUUCUGCGGUUCUGUGAGUCGAACACAACAUGCUUGUUGAAGGUACUGGAGUUCUUACCUGAAUUAUUUGAUGCACUGAAAGAUGAGGGUUAUCAUCUGACUGAAUCAGAAGCAGCAAUUUUUCUUCCAUGUCUAAUGGAGAAGUCAGGACAUAAUAUUGCUCAGGUGCGAGAAAAAAUGCGAGAGCUGACAAAGCAAAUUGCUUCCCUGUAUUCUGCAUCAAAGCUGUUUCCUUAUAUUUUGGAGGGUCUGCGCUCCAAAAACAACCGGUCUCGGAUAGAAUGUGUUGAUCUCAUUGGUUUCUUGAUGGAUGCUCAUAGUGCCGAGAUAAGUGGUCAAUUAAAAUCUCUGCAACUUGUUGCGGCUCUGACGUCAGAACGAGAUGGUGAACUUAGGAAAGCUGCUUUAAAUACCAUGGCAAUUGCUUAUAAAAAUCUCGGGGAUGAUGUUUGGAAAUAUGUUGGUAAGGUGUCAGAUGCUCAAAAGAGCAUGUUGGAUGAUAGAUUUAAGUGGAAGGCCCGAGAAAUGGACAAGAGGAAAGAGGGAAAACCUGGCGAAGCUAGAGCAGCCUUGAGACGUUCUGUCAGGGAUAACGGGGCAGAUGUUGCAGAGCAGAGUGGAGAAAUUCUGUCUCGAUCAGUUUCAGGACAAGUUUUUGCUAGGGAAAGCAUUGUCCAUGCCGAUCCUCAUGUGGACAGGCAUAUAUCACCCCGUUCACUUGUAACUCCUAAUGGACCAACGGACUGGAAUGAAGCUUUGGAUAUUAUAUUAUAUGGUUCUCCUGAGCAGUCUGUUGAAGGCAUGAAAGUUGUUUGCCAUGAGCUGGCAGUUGCAACAAAUGAUCCUGAAAGCCCUGCAAUGGAUGAUCUUGUCAAAGACGCUGAUAAACUUGUAUCCUGCUUGGCGACUAAGGUUGCCAAGACCUUUAACUUUAGUCUGGCAGGGGCUUCUUCCCGAUCAUGUAAAUAUGUUCUGAACACACUCAUGCAGACGUUUCAGAACAAAAGACUUGCCCAUGCGGUAAGAGAGAGUACCCUCGACAGUCUCAUCACCGAGCUUCUUCUUUGGCUUUUAGAUGAAAGGGUUCCAUUGAUGGAUGACGGAAGCCAGCUUCUGAAAGCAUUGAAUGUGUUGAUGCUAAAGAUUCUGGAUAAUGCAGAAAGAACAUCAUCCUUUGUUGUGCUGAUUAAUUUAUUGCGUCCUUUGGACCCUUCAAGAUGGCCAUCACCAGCGUCGACAGAGACCUUUGCUGCAAGGAAUCAUAAGUUCUCAGACCUAGUUGUUAAAUGUCUGAUCAAGUUGACCAAAGUUCUUCAGAGUACGAUAUAUGAUGUUGAUCUUGACCGCAUUCUUCAAAGCAUCCAUGUAUAUCUGCAAGGACUAGGGAUGGAAGAAAUCAGAAGAAGAGCUGGAGCUGACGACAAACCACUGAGAAUGGUCAAAACUGUGUUACAUGAACUAGUUAAGCUUCGUGGGACGGCAAUUAAAGGUCAUCUUUCUAUGGUUCCAAUCGACAUGGAACCUCAACCCAUCAUUCUUGCUUACAUUGACCUUAAUCUUCAGACUCUUGCUGCAGCCAGGAUGUUAACACCGUCAGGCCCUGUUGGCCAAACUCAUUGGGGCGAUUCUACGAACAAUAGUCCUUCACCUGCUACAAAUUCUUCUGAUGCACAGCUUAAGCAAGAACUUGCUGCAAUAUUUAAGAAGAUUGGAGACAAGCAGACUUGCACUAUUGGUUUGUAUGAAUUAUACCGAAUUACUCAACUAUACCCCAAGGUUGAUAUAUUUUCCCAGCUUCAGAAUGCGAGCGAGGCAUUCCGGACAUACAUAAGAGAAGGGUUAGCUCAGAUGGAAAAGAAUGCUGCUGCUGGAAGAACACCUUCAAGUGUACCAAUGUCAACGCCUCCUCCAGUUGCCUUAAAUCUUUCUUCUCCGAAGUAUGCACCCCUAUCACCAUUACAUACACAGUCCGUAAAUGAGUCAAAAUCUCUAAAUGUGAGGCAAGACUCUCUACCACCUCCUCAUAUCGAGGAUGUCAGGGCUGGCAAUUUAAGAAGCACUAUAUCUGAUCCUUCAGAGAUGCGGCAAAAUAUGAUGGAUGACAGAAAUGACAGAUUUCAAUCUGGAGUAUCAAGUGGGACACUGGAUGCAAUCAGAGAAAGAAUGAAAAGCAUUCAGUUGGCAGCUGCUUCAGGGAACCCAGACCCUGGGAACAGGCAAUUUACGUAUAUGAAUGGUAACAAUAUGACCCGCGGACUACAUACUCAAGAUCCCCACAGUGAGUCCGACCCGGUUGAUCAACACGACUUCUCCGUCCAUCAAACACCGGUUUUACCAAUGGAUGAAAAAGCAUUAUCUGGGCUCCAAGCCCGGAUGGAGAGGCUUAAAAGUGGAACCCUGGAACCGUUAUAGAGCCAGAUAAAUAGAACUGAAGAGAAAAUUCUUGGUUCUGAUGGGUCAUCCUCCCCAUGAGCUUGUCAGAAAGAAACUUAGCAAGCAGGAGCGAAAUGAGACCUGCCGAUUGGGGAAGAGUUUGUGCUUUUAUUUGCAAAUAUAAUUGAUUCAUAUGUGGCAACAUCUCUUUUGCUGCAGUGUUGUGAAAGAAUUCUGAGGCUAGCAAAGGGUGCUUGGUAAUAUGUACGUGUCCCCUUCGUUGGGAGUUGUAGAGUAGUUGCAAUAGUAUGUACGCAGUCUAUAUCUGUUCACUGUUCUUGUUGCCCCCCCAAUCGUGCUCAAGGAUUAAGGACCAAGUUUUGUUAACUUACCCGUACAUUUUGGAAGUUGUCGAUAUUUCUUGUAAAUGUUUGAAUCAUAGAAUGUCUUAUGUAGUUUGAUGCAUUAUUUUGUGUCGUUUAGAAUCCAAAAAUAAGCGUUGAUCA